AUGUCGGUGGUGAUGAACAAGUUACAACCAUCCCAACUAGCAGAAGAACAGAGAAAUGCUGCUAGGUUGUUCAAGCAGCUUCAUUGUCAGCUUCAGUCCAAACUCUCCCUGGGAGAUCUCAACAACAACCAAGUAGACGAAGCAAUGGAGAAAGUGUUGGCUUUGGAUAGAGCAUACCCACUUCCUUUAUUAGGAUCCAUGAUUGAAAAACUCCCCACCAAUGUGGAGCCUGCAACUUGGUGGCCUCAACGAAAGACAAUGCAGAAGCCUAAGCAUAAGCAAGCAAGCACGAAGCUCGGUGGAAAUGGAUGGAGUAGGGCGCUAGAAGAUGAAAUGAGAGAGAUUGCUGGGGUGCUAAAGAGAGAUCAGCAAGAAUACUUGAGAUUGAGCCAAAAGGCCUUACAAAUCAACAAGAUUUUAGCAGUUUCUGGCCCAUUAUUAACCUUGCUUGGAGCAUUUGGGUCAGUUCUUGUAGGUUCUUGCUCAGGGACAUGGCCUGUUAUACUUGGAGUUGUAGCAGGAUCUAUGGCGAGCAUUGCGAACGCAAUGGAACACGGUGGUCAAGUUGGGAUGGUGUUUGAGAUGUACAGAAGCAAUGCAGGUUUCUUUAAGCUCAUGGAAGAAACAAUCGAAACAAUCGAAUCGAACGUAAGAAGGGAGAAUGGAGAAGUGUUGGAAAUGAAGGUUGCUUUACAACUAGGGAGGAGUUUAUCAGAACUCAGGGAAUUGGCUGCAUCAAAUUCAAGCAGAAGAACAGAGGAAAUGGGAGAGUUUGCAAGCAAGCUUUUCUAA